AAUUAUACCACACUAGAAUCAAGAAAAUACCAACGGCACAUCACUUUCCAUUAAGUUGGCAGUCCCGCAACUGCGAUUUGUAAAAUAUAAACAAAUCGAAAUCAACUAAAAUGCUUGCCGGUCGCUUGUUCGUCCGUUCGAUCGUAAGUCGGGCAUGCUUGGCCACCAUGGGCAUCCGUUCAAAGCCCCAAGCACACGCCAGCCCAGUGAUCCUGCCCAGCACACCAGCAACAACCGCAGUUGCGAUUCAAUGCGAAGAAUCCACCAGCAAUCGGCGAUUUUUUAGCAGUCAAAUUGAGACGGAAUCCACGUUGGACGGCGCCACCUACGAGCGUGUGUGCUCCGACACCCUGGACGCACUGUGCGACUACUUCGAGGAGCUGACGGAGAACGCCUCCGAGCUGCAGGGCACGGAUGUGGCUUACAGCGAUGGCGUGCUCACCGUGAACCUGGGAGGCCAGCACGGCACCUAUGUGAUCAACCGACAGACGCCCAACAAGCAGAUCUGGCUCAGUUCGCCCACCAGCGGUCCCAAGCGAUACGAUUUCGUCGGCACUGUGGCGGCGGGCAGAUGGAUCUACAAGCAUAGUGGUCAGUCGCUGCACGAGCUGCUGCAGCAGGAGAUACCCGGCAUACUGAAGUCGGAGUCCGUGGACUUUCUACGCCUGCCCUACUGUAGUUAAUUCCGUGAUUAGUUUAAAUGCUCCUCCAUAAAAAGUCGGUUGAAACGUU